UUCUCAUCUUCUGCCAUCUCUAUUGGUUCCUUGUCUGGCCAAAGAGAAUCUUUUUCGCUUGUCCUUGAGUCGAUCUGUCUUUUCCAGUAUAGAACCAGCAUUUAGUACUGCGUUAUCGGAAGCUGAUGCAACUGCUGGCUCGUGUUGGCCAUGCCUGCAGGAGUACCUUGGCCUCGCUACCUGAAAAUGCUGAGUGCGAGUAUGUUGGCCAUGUUUGCUGGUGCAGAAACUGUCCACAGAUAUUACAGGCCUGAUCUUUCAAUACCUGAAGUUCCUCCCAAGCCCGGAGAACUCAGAACAGAACUCUUGGGCCUCAAAGAAAGAAAUCAGCAAGUUGAGCCUUCACAACAAUGACCAUGCAAGGAAUCUUGUUGCAUCCCUCUAUAAACUGUUCUUUAAUAUUUAUAAUUCAACCUGUACAACUGGAUGUUUUCUGGAUACAAGGGAUAUUAAAUUCCUAGCUGUUGUAUGCCUGUUUUCUGAAGAGUCCAAAUAGUGCCACUUCUACAGCCUGCUCUUUUUGCCCAUCACAAAGGCAACCUCCUGCUCAGCUCUGUCAUAUUUGCCUCUACACACACCUGCUGCGAUGGUUCUCAGGAUGUGGCAUGAGACAGCAGCCCAUGCCUACUUCCACUCUAUUUCCUUAAAAAAGUUACUUGCAGGCUGUCAUGAUGUGCGCAGGGCUGGUAGAGAUCAGAGUGACUUUUGCUGUUAACUCCUGGUUGGGCUGGAUGCCUCCUCAUACAGUUAGGGUGCCAGCCCUGCUGGCUGAAUGCUAGAGGGUUUUUUUUUUGUCUGAACAUGCAUAGGAUUGCACUCUCAGUACAUUAAUUUCAAUCUUUAAAAGUUGCAAUUUUUUCCACAUUUUUCCUGUAGAUAAACUUUUGUAAGAGGAGCCAAUUGAACAUACUUCUGGAUGCCCAGAAGUGCUUUGUUACAGCAAACUGCAGUUUUCUGCAGAGGAGGGAUCUGUUAUCAUUCCUUCCUUAGCAACCUUACAGAUGAACAAAAUACAUUUUAUCUAUGGCUGACCUUGCAGAUGGUUCUGAAUUAAUAGCGGAUGUGAAAUGUAGCAGUUUGAGUUGUCAUGUGAAAACACUCAACAUUUCUGCUCUAAUGCUCAGUUGUUGUGCUAAUUACUAGUGAGUACAUGAGAAUUGUACUUAUUUUAUCCAAAUAUACUGUCAAAUGAACAUUACCUGAUAUCGUUUUAGACAUAUAGUAUAGAAUCUGCCUAGCCUAUAGUUUCACUUUAUUUUAACCUAGGAAGAACUCAGCAGUCCAUCAGAGCUAAAAUCCAGAAGUUCCCACCUUUGCCCAUAAAGAGCUACUAAGAUUUUGCACCCAUUUAUGGAAAAGUAUCUGGAAUAAGGCUUUAAGCCCCAAGAACUGCUUAGAACGUCUACUUGCAUCUCAUGGCAAUUAGUCACACAUUUUUUUAUAUUGGGUUAUACUCUAUUGUCCUUCUGCAGUUUUAAUUCCCAAUCUGCUCCAGAGGGUUGGGGUAGUGGAAAGGAAUCUCUUCUGUUAGUGGGAGUCCACAUGUAUAAUGGCUGUAACCCACUGUCCCAAACAUCAGCUAGCAGAGUCCUGUUAAAUGAAGGCCCUUCAUUAACCCCUUAAUUUUUGUGAACCGCCCAGAGAGCUUCGGCUAUUGGGCGGUAUAAAAAUGUAAUAAAUAAAUAAGGCAACAGGAUGUUAGAUCUGCAUCUAUUUUCACGCAGGAGACGAAGUGCAGUAAUGGUACCCCCUUAAUUUAACCUUCUGCAUAAAGCUUAUUAGAAAGAAUACAGAAUCCGGCAAUGAAAUUUUAAUGUUUGCUCCUGGAAUAUAGAACUGCAGAAACUCUUGCUAUUAACAUUUCAAGUAGUCAAGUUUCAUUUAUUUGUAAGCCAAAUAGCAAGGUGUCCACCAUGUAAGUGAUCCUUUCACACAAAAGCAUUGCACAAGCAGCAAUAGUAGAGAUGUGAAGUCUUUUCCAAAGACUUUUUUGUCCGUCCAUCCAUCCAUCCCCCCUCCAAAUUGAAACAACGGAUUCCGGGAUGUUUUAUUUUAGCAUGAUGAAUAAAAUGUUUAAGACAAGGUGUUACUUCUCCAAAUGAUUUCUAAAAAUUACGUACAGUAUUAGAUUAUUACAAUUACUGUGCACCAAGGACAAGCAAGUCCUAGGUUGCAAACUGAGACUACAAACUCUCAAAUGCAAGAGCAAGAUGCAUUUCUGCCUCUAGGGGGCAUUGCCACUGAAGCAGAGACUGAAACUAAUAGGGAUAGCUAUAGCUCAGAAAAUGAGUCUGAUUAAAUUUCAUGCAUAUUCAUUGAAUCU